GCCUGACACUCACUCCCACAGGAGCAUGCUGGGAAUUGUAGUCUUACCAAAACAGAGUCAGCUAAACCCACUAUUUUUUACGUGUUUCCAAUGCAUUGACAAUAGUAAGCAGCUAUCUAUUGUAAUAGUUAUGGCUCUUUCUAUUUUCGUUCGGCGACCUGUGUUUUACUGUACGCGAGGAAUCUCAUCCGUUCACGCGGGUGUUUGUCGUAAGUAAACCGAAAGAAACUCCAAAUCCCAGAAUGCACCUGUACCAGCUUUGACACUGCACUGUUGUUCAUGGCGUCUGGUGGUGGAAGGCAAGGGGCUGCUCGCCUUCUGACACUCAGAUAGGCUGUCACAUUUUUUACGCUGCUUGUCACAAUGGAGGUGGCCCAGUCGCUCGGUGCGGACGAGCAGACGCGUUUGACCCAACUGCGGUUCGACGCCGCCGUCAAAGUCAUCAAGAGUUUGCCACCGAAUGGUUCUUUUCAGCCGUCCAACGACAUGAUGCUCAAGUUUUACAGUUACUACAAGCAAGCCACUGUUGGCAAGUGCAACAUCGCCCGGCCGGGAUUCUGGGAUGCCGUCGGCAAAGCUAAAUGGAAUGCAUGGAACUCUCUGGGUGAAAUGACAAAAGAAGAAGCGAUGGCGGCCUACGUUGACGAAAUGAAGCUGAUUCUGGAGGGCAUGCCCAUGACGGGCGAGGUGGAGGAGCUCCUGCGGAUCCUCGGACCCUUUUAUGAACUGGUGGACGAGAAGAAAAAAAUCACGCAGAUAUCAGACCUCAGCACAGCCCGUUUGACGCAGUUUGCUAGGCAGCUGGAAGGCUUCGGCUCGACUCCGAGCGGCGUGUUGUCGAGGAGCGUGGCCAAGAGCGUCGUCAGGACGAUGGAAAUGAACGGAACGCUGGAGACCCGGCCCGCCGAGCCCACGCCCGACGACCGCAAGGAAACGUCCGGCAAAGACUCGCAGGAAGAAGACGAGGAGGAGGUCAGGAAAGCCUCGCAGCCAAAGAAGAAAGCGUCGCCGAGGUCGCGCACGGCUCAGAACGAAAAGGUGGCCAACGACGUGGCGCGUUUGACCAACGGCGAAUGCUCGCUCGUCCCUCAGGAAGCGCCGGGCGCUCAGCUUCUGCUCAACGGCCACCACGACGACGGCAGCAAGGAUGUGACGGGCCCCGCCCAGCUCGCCAGCGACUCGGACAGCGAAGUCUAUUGUGACUCGGUCGACCAGUUUGGCCAGAACGAGGACCUGGACGAGGAAGACGAGGAGCCUGUGGACCGCGUGGAUGUCCGGGGAGCGCCUCAGGGCAUCAGGUGCGGCGGCGAGGACGGAGACGCCGGCGGGAGCGUGACACAGAGAUCCAGAAUCGACGUGGACAUGCCAAACUCCUCCGUCGGAGGCGGCAGAGGCUCGAGGUCCCACGGCCGUGGCCCCGGCGCGCUGAAGCCUGCACGUGGCGGUGGCGACGGCGGCGGCGACGAGCGGCGUGGCGGAGCGGGUACGCCCGUGGGCAGCCUAAACGAGCAGAUCGUGGCGGCGCUGGCUCAGCUGCAGGACGACAUGCGCAGCGUCCUGGACAGGCUCCACACGCUGGAGGCCCUUACUGCCACGCAGGCCAGGUCAGCUGCCGUGUCUCCUGUUCAGCCGUCCACGCUGCUCAAUAACAACAGUCAGAGACCAUCGUGGUGGCCUUUCGACAUUUCUCCCAGCAGUCUGGCCUUUGCCGUCGUGUGGCCCUUUGUGGUGCACUGGCUCAUCGGCCUCUACGUGCAGAGGAGGAGAAGACGACUGAACUGAACUGAAACCAACGACGGCGGCCGUGAAGAAGAGUCCUGGCCGGCGACUUUUGACGGGUUGACUAAACCGCUUUCCACAUUUGCUUUUGCACUAAAGAAGAAAGAAGUCUCGUGAGGAAAUGUGCGUACUAAAAGAAUGUGAUGCAAGGCCUUGUUUUUCAGGCGUUUUCCAUAGCAACUAGGGCUUUUACCCUGCACAAAGCAGGCCAGAGGCUUCUUGAGCUUGACCUGAUUUUAACCUUUUACUUUAGUCGCCCCGAGCAAUGCUGCUAAAACAAACAAGAUGUUGUAACAACUUGGUAGUUUAGAAAGGAAGAUGCGUAAAUACUGUGUUGUGACAUUCUUUGUAAUUCUAACGUGAUAGGGUUGCAGAAGGGGGGAACAUUUCUGUUUCCAUUAAAAAUUCAAAUUUAUAGGAAUUAACUGGGAAUUGAGGGUCAUUUCAUGGGAAAGUACUAAGUUAAACAUUUUUUCAUAGCAGAUUUCCAUUCAAAAUAACGUGCAUGAUAUUUUCAAAGAUGUAUUUGUAAGCUCUUGGGAAAACAUUUAUUUAUUUUUUGCGGACAGAUGUUCGGGACCAAACCCUCUGCAUCUUCUGCACUGUCAAUUUGAACUAAUGUCCUGUUUUUAAAGGAUGGAUGGAAAUAACAGAAACAGAUUCAUCAUUAAAAUUAUCAUUAGUUGCAGCCUUGUCAUAUGUAAUAUUAUAUUACUCAUCGCCUUGAACCAACACAGUGAAAAAUUUACAAAAAUGGCAACAAAGUCCCAUUCAAAGUGUCCUGUUAAUUCCCAUAAGUUUCCAACCUAGAAAAGUUUGCAACCCUAGAUGUUAGUAUUUAUUGCUUUUAGUAGCUAAACAAUCAUGCGGCAUUUCCGUUCAUCCUGGUGGUCUCCCCAUGAUAGAAGUGCCUCGACAUCAUUAGGUGCACACAUUGUAGCAAACGGACCAAACCAAUAUGAAUAAUUCCAAUACAGGACAUCACUCAACCCAGUGAAAUCUCAUGUAGUUGCUCUGCUAUCAGAAAUGAUCUAUUUUUCCCCCAAUGUCUGUGCGAGCUAAUUAAUAUCAUAGUGACAUCUCUACAAACUAUACAAUUAGCAGGUUCAAAUGCAAUAUUUUAAUUGCAACAUCAUGUAUAAUAAAAAUAUUUACCAAUUUUGCAUUGGUGAAAAGCACUGAUCAGUCCAACAGCCAUUUGUUUUAUUAAAAAUAUAUAAUAUAAAGUGAUAGUUUCUACUGAAAUGUAUGACUGACUGUUUGUUUGCAUGUCGUAAUCGAAGCCUCAAAUAAAAGUUUCAUAACACA